AUGCCAUCCGAGACCGAGGCGCUUCUGGGGAACGGGCAUUCGCACCCGUCCCCUCCACGGUCGCGGUCGCGUGGGUUCCUCCGCCAUCUACGGGACGAGAUCGAUCCCGGUCGGGGCGAUCUGCUCCUCCUCUUUUGUUAUGUCAUCACCGGCUUGCUGGACAGCUCUGCAGUCUUCAUCUGGGGCUCCUUUGUGAGCAUGCAGACCGGAAAUACCGUGUAUUUCGGUCUUGGACUGGUCGGAAGCGACGACACGCGCUGGGUCAAAUCCGGCAUCUCCAUUGCGGGCUUUUGUCUGGGAUCGCUCUUCUUCGGCCUCUUCCAUCGAACGUUUUCCCCGCGCCAGCGCUGGGUGCUUUGCGCUUCGUUCCUGAUCCAAUUAGCCUGCGUUGUUGUGGCCGCUGUUAUUGUUACGAUUUUCCAACCGUCGCGAGAUGAACGGAUCCACUGGUUGGUCUCGGUGCCGAUAGCACUGGUAGCAUUCCAAAGCAGUGGUCAAGCACUGGCGAGUCGGGUUCUCAAACACAGUUCCUUGACGAGUGUGGUUCUCACCAGUAUAUAUUGUGAUUUGUUCUCUCAUCCUGACUUGUUGACUCGCAAAUUCUUCCGCAAUACUGAAGAGCUGCGCCGGCUCGGUGCUGUGCUCGGUCUCCUGCUUGGUGUGGUCCUGGGAGGACUCUGGGCAAAGAGCUCGGUCGGAAUGAUGGGGGCACUCUGGACAGCGGCCGCACUCAAGACGGUGAUGGUCUUUGCGUGGCUGCUGUGGAAGAAAGUCGACGAGUAG